CGAUGGAUGUACUUCAUCGACCAAUUUGACUUCACACCGAAACAUUUGUCCGGCCUCUCAAAUCGCGCAGCAAAUGCACUCUCGCGAAGACCCGAUCUUUGCGCUAUGACACAUCAUGCCUUCGCAUUCGACGAGGAGCUUCUGCGACACUUCAUCCGGGCAUAUGAUUCUGAUCCGGACUUCGCCACGAUGUACGCACAGCUAUCUUCUGAUCACCCGCCGGCCAGCCACUAUCGCAUCGUCGACGGAUACUUGCUCCUCCACUCGAGAGGCAAGGACUUAUUGUGUGUCCCACGCGACCGUCGUCUUCGGACUCGCCUCCUCGGCGAGUAUCAUGAUUCACGACUCGCCGGUCAUUUCGGAGUCAACCGCACUAUUGCACGGCUUCGACAGCGAUUUCGAUGGCCCGACCUCAUUACCGAUGUCACUCGGUAUUGCCACUCGUGCGAGGUUUGCCGACGCAGCAAACCCCUCAACCGCAAUCCCUAUGGCGAGUUACACCCGAUGCCUAUCCCACGGGAACCCGAUCUCUGCAUUGCCAUGGACGUCACAGGUCCAUUUCCUCGUGACCGGCUCGGGCACGACGGCAUCCUCACGGUUGUGGACCGAUUGAGUAAGUACGCACGUUUUCUCCCUUGCAAGUACUACUCCACGGCUCCUGAGCUGACACGCCUCCUGCACACUGGUUGGAUUUGUGGCCACGGUGUACCAGAAGACAUUGUCAGCGACCGCGACACUCGUUUCAUGUCGGCGUUUUGGACUGCUCUCAUGCAGGAUUCCGACACAACAAUGAAACCAAGUUCGGCUCGGCAUCCUCAGACAGACGGGCAGACUGAGCGGGCACAUCAAACCGCUCAAAUGAUGCUUCGUACGCUCAUCCGUCCGGACCAGAAAGAUUGGGUUGACCGCCUCCCCGACAUCGAGUUUGCCUACAACACUUCGGUGCAUCCGGCGAUCGGCGUGACUCCAUUCGAGUUGCAUCACGGUGGAUGGAAAGGCCGUAUCUUCGCCGACCUUCUCCUCCCUCGACCAGCCGACAUUGACGCUGCCUGCUCUUCCGCUUCCGUCCGGAAGUACAGGGAAUUGCUGACUCAAGCCCGCGCAAAUAUGCAAAAGGCUCAAGUCCGCAUGCAGCAGCAAGCCAACAGGCGUAGCGUACCAUGUCCCAUCCGCGCCGGUGAUCUGGUUUGGGUCUCCGCGGAAGAGUUUGCACUGGAACAGGAUGUUUCACGCAAACUGCUUCCCAAGUGGUUUGGACCUUGGUCUGUGACAGCAGCCGCGGGCGAUGAGCCCGAUGGCCCUUCAUUUGUGAUCAACAUUCCAAAGCAUUUGACGGUCCAUCCGGUUUUCCACGCCUCGAAGCUGGCAACAUACACGCCAGCCAAGAGCGACGACUUUCUGGGCCGACGAUCGCAGGACCCUCCUUCUAUGGAUGGCCAUCAGGAAGUUGACCGCGUCAUCACCGAUCGCAAGUACGGCAGCAAGCCGCAGUAGAGUCCCCCUGCUGGCACCAACGGCAACCAAACUGGGGGCGCCACGCGGCGCAAGCCGCAGACCAGGGGAGCACUGUCAGGAGGAGAGAGCGCUGCUGUAAUUCUCCGCGAAAAGUGGGAGAAGAUGGAGAAGAAGGAGCUGAUCCGACAGGCCAAGAAAUUGGCUCUAAUGGAAGAAGAAGCAACCAAGAAGAAGCAGAUGGAGGAGGAGAUGGAAAAAUGGAAGGAGCAAGAGGCGAAGUUGGCUGCUGUGGAGGCAGAAGAGGAAGAAGAAGAAGAAGAAAAAGAAGAAGAAGAAGAAGAAGAAGUCGAAGAAGAAGAGGGACUGUUGUGGAGAGGGGGGGAAGCGAGUUCCAGUAUUGCCCCACCAGAAGAGGUGGAGAAGGCAGUAAGAGAAUGAGUGACUAAUUUAGCCUUGGGCGAAGACAAAGAAGCUGAUUUCAUAGAUGUAGUAAAUGGGGGCUAAAGAG